AUGUGCAAAGAACGGAGGCAAUGUAUGAAGGUGGCUGGACAGGCUUCGUGGAUCCUCGCCCUCACUACCCUAUCUGGGCAAAGAUUGCUUGCUCCUAUUUAAAAUCCUCAACAUUUCUAAUAAGGCUUUCUACCCUGUACUAAGACAAACACGAAAGACACGACCUCCCUAAAAGCACUUAGUGGAAUACUCCUUCCUCCCCGCGCCCUCGCAGUGUGGCGCGGCCUGGGGAGAAGCCUUGGCUAACCUGGCGCGCGCUACGGUGCACAGAGGGUUAACCAGGGCCGGCGCUGAGUGGAAAGGAGGAGAUGAGCUCCCAUUGGUGAAAAGUUAUCCAGGGGCCGGGCCUCUGAGUCUCCGCACCCACCCCCCUUCCCGCAACCCCCCUCCUCACUUUGUACCUCUCUCGCCCGGACUGUGAAGCGGGCCGGGACCGGCCGGGCCACACCAGACCGGACCCCAGGGGCGAUGCGGCUGCUGCCCCUGCUGCGGACUGUCCUCUGGGCCGCGUUCCUCGGCUCCCCUCUGCGCGGGGGCUCCAGCCGUCGCCACGUUGUCUACUGGAACUCCAGUAACCCCAGGCUGCUUCGAGGAGACGCUGUGGUAGAGCUGGGCCUCAACGAUUACCUAGACAUUUUCUGCCCCCACUAUGAAGGCCCAGGCCCCCCCGAGGGGCCCGAGACAUUUACUUUAUACAUGGUGGACUGGCCAGGCUAUGAGGCCUGCCAGGCGAAGGGGCCGGGUGCCUUCAAGCGCUGGGUGUGCUCCCUUCCCUUCGCCCAUGUUCAAUUCUCAGAGAAGAUUCAGCGCUUCACACCCUUCUCCCUUGGCUUCGAGUUCUUGCCUGGAGAGACUUACUACUACAUCUCGGUGCCAACUCCAGAGAGUCCUGGGCAGUGCUUGAGGCUCCAGGUGUCUGUCUGCUGCAAGGAGAGCAAGUCUGAGUCAGCCCAUCCUGUUGGGAACCCUGGAGAGAGUGGCACAUCAGGGUGGCAAGGGGGGGACACUCCCAGCCCCCUCUGUCUCUUGCUGUUGCUGCUGCUCCUGAUUCUGCGUCUCCUGCGAAUCCUGUGAGCCAAGCGGACCCUCCCUGCCACCCCAAGGAGCCAGAGACCUCCUAAGAUCCCCCGGAGGAGGAGGGAUCCCUGCCACCUGCGCUGGGGGUGCCAAUCCAGACUGAUAAGAUGGAGCAUUGAUGGGGGAGGUCAGAGGGUCUGAGGUGACCCUUGCAAGUGCUUGCCCCCUCAUCACAGGCUACAGAGGAGCUGCAGACAGCCCUGGACACCCUGGAGCAGAGGCAAGACAAACAUGGGGGCUUUGUAGGCUGUUUGGAUGGUCUUGUCCCAUCCCCCGGGAAGACUGGGAUUUGGUGGGAUCAAAUCCUUGAGCCAGCUGGGAGCCAAGGCUGAAGACCUGGGGACAGAUGGAUUGCUGGACCAAGGCAAAGAAGAAGCCCUACCUACUGUCUGUGCCCUGUGGACCUCUUCCCUGGGGCAGCACCUUGCCCUCCCCAGGGGGUCACUCACUUGUCUUCUAUGAAGAUGGACUUGUCAUGAGGUUGAAUUUCAUGCCAAUUUGUAUUUUUAUAAGUGUCUAGACCAAACCUUCAAUAAACCACCCAUCUUUUUGUUGCCCUCUCCAA